AUGCAUUCAACUCUGGAAGACCUGGAGCGCCAAAUCGAUGAGGCAAAGUAUUUCAAACCACCUGCAUCUCGACUUCAUGUCCCAACAAAUGGUGAUAAAUAUACCUUAAAUGUGACAAGAAAGCUCAACAUGUACAAGUUAUCCUCAACAGUUACAAUUCAGUCUAGCCCUAAGCUGACAUGCCUGCAUGUAUCUUUCAUUUCUCAGGCUUUCGUAGCAGAGCAGGCUACUUGGCCAAUUAUCAAAGAUGACAUUUGCUUGGCCAUUGGGGAUUUUUUCAAAACUGGGAAAAUUCUCAAGGAAGUGAAUGUAACUUCUCUCUCUCUUGUUCCUAAAUUGACAGUGCCUAACUCUGUCAGUGACUUUAGACCUAUUGCUUGCUGCUCUGUGAUUUACAAGUGUAUAUCCAAGAUCAUGUGUUCUAAACUCAGGCAAAUCCUGCAAGCUAUUAUUUCUCCCACUCAAGGGGCAUUUGUUGCAUGCAGAUCUAUCUUACACAAUGUGUUGAUUUGUCAAGAUAUCAUCAAGUUAUAUAAUAGAGGAAAUUCAAGGCCAAGUUGUAUGAUGAAACUGGAUCUCAAGAAAGCCUAUGACACUGUUGAGUAG